CGCCCGCAAUCAGAGGGCUGGAAGAUGGCGGCUCGCAAGGGUCGGCGGCGCACGUGUGAAACCGGGGAACCCAUGGAGGCCGAGUCAGGCAACGGAGGGUCGGAGGGCCCGGCGCAGGUUUACCUGCCCGGUCGGGGACCGCCGCUGCGCGAGGGGGAAGAGCUGGUCAUGGACGAGGAAGCCUACGUGCUGUACCAUCGAGCACAGACCGGCGCCCCCUGUCUUAGCUUCGACAUAGUCCGGGAUCACCUGGGAGACAACCGGACAGAACUUCCUCUUACACUCUACCUGUGUGCUGGGACCCAGGCAGAGAGCGCCCAGAGCAACAGACUUAUGGUACUUCGGAUGCACAAUCUGCAUGGGACGAGGCCCCCACCCUCAGAGGGCAGCGAUGAAGAGGAGGAGGAAGAUGAUGAAGAAGAGGAAGAAGAAAGGAAGCCACAGCUGGAGCUGGCCAUGGUGCCCCACUAUGGGGGGGUCAACCGAGUCCGGGUGACCUGGCUUGGUGAGGAGCCCGUGGUCGGGGUCUGGUCAGAGAAGGGCCAGGUGGAGGUUUUUGCGCUGCGGCGGCUGCUGCAGGUGGUGGAUGACCCCCAGGCCCUGGCAACCUUCCUCCGGGACGAGCAGGCCCGUGUGAAGCCCAUGUUCACCUUUGCCGGCCACAUGGGCGAGGGCUUCGCGCUCGACUGGUCCCCCCGUGUGCCUGGUCGCCUGCUGACUGGUGACUGUCAGAAGAACAUCCACCUCUGGACACCCAUGGACAGCGGCUCCUGGCACGUGGAUCAGCGGCCAUUCGUGGGUCACUCGCGCUCCGUGGAGGACCUGCAGUGGUCACCGACUGAGGACACAGUGUUCGCCUCCUGCUCGGCCGAUGCCUCUGUUCGCAUCUGGGACAUCCGGGCACCCCCCAGCAAGGCCUGCCAGCUUACCACAACUGCCGCCCAUGACGGGGAUGUCAACGUCAUCAGCUGGAGCCGCCGGGAGCCCUUCCUGCUCAGCGGCGGGGAUGACGGAGUCCUCAAAGUCUGGGACCUGCGGUUGUUUAAGUCCGGCUCCCCAGUGGCCACCUUCAAGCAGCACGUGGCCCCCAUCACCUCCGUCGAGUGGCACCCCCAGGACAGCGGGGUCUUCGCAGCCUCCGGCGCAGACAACCAGAUCACGCAGUGGGACCUGGCAGUGGAGCGGGACCCCGAGGCUGGCGACAGGGAGGCGGAGGCUGACCCCGGGCUGGCGGGCCUCCCCCAGCAGCUGCUGUUCGUGCACCAGGGCGAGACGGACCUGAAGGAGCUGCACUGGCACCCGCAGUGCCCCGGGGUGCUGGUCAGCACCGCCCUGUCCGGCUUCACUGUCUUCCGCACCAUCAGCGUCUGAGACACGCUGGGGACGCUGGCUUGACCCUCCUUCCCGCAGGAUGGAGUCCUUCAGCUCCGCUGGCUGCUCCCCUCGGCCACAAAGACUUGGUUUGGCCACUCGGCUGCCACAAUGGGCUCUGCUAGGCUCAUUUUUGUCUCCCAAAGGAUUUGGUUUGGUCCAGUGGCCCCUGCAACCGGAGGACCUGGUUUGAUGCCUGGCUCCCCAAAACCACAUAAUUCGGCCCCAGGGACCCGCAGCUGCCUGGGACUUGUCCUGUUUCGGUAGCCUGGGGGUGGCCUGUGUUGUAGUGGUGGUUUUGUCAGCUGUGACACCUGACUGGUGGCCCUUUGACCUCUCUGCCCAAGGACCCCUGGGGACCGUCACUGCUUCUCAAUGGCUGAACCAGGGUGGGGUGUGGGUUCCUCUUUGACCUGCUCUUUGACUUCCUCCCAGCUGGAUUUGGCCAGGAUUUCCCGGUGAGGUGCCCCUCCUCCAUCCCUUCCCUAAGCCCAAGGUGGGUGCUGUAGGGGGUGGGUCGGGGCCCCUGGGAGGCAAUAAAGGACCAGAAUGAGGCUUGAA